AUGGGACCAACCAGAGGUGCUUUUGAUACUCAUGGAAGGUUUUAUAUUACUGACGAUCUUCAUAUAAAUUCUGCUGAUUGUGUGCAUGUGCGUUGUCGGGGAUUAGAGACCACUUUGGCUGAAUGUACUUUUACUAAGAGGAGAACGAAGGGUUACCAGGGUUUAGCUGGUGUGGUGUGUUACACACAGGAUGCAGCUCCUCCAGAAAAAGAGUCCUUUCAGUGUGUGAAUGGAAAAUACAUUCUUCAGAAGAAGGCUUGUGAUGGUGUCAAUGAUUGUGGAGACCUAAGUGAUGAGCUAUGCUGUAAAGAGUGCAGAAGUGGAAGUUUCCGCUGUAAAUCGGGUGUGUGUAUUCCAAACCAGUAUAAAUGCAAUGGUGAGGUGGACUGCAUUACCGGAGAUGAUGAAGUUAAUUGUGAAGGAGCUGGACAUCUUGCACUUCGAGACUUUGCAACUGUGGCUCAAGGGGAAGAUUUGAUGUCAGGUCAUGUUCUUGCAGCAUCAAGAGUAGGAGAUCAUACAAGUGAAGAUGAAAGGCAAAGAGAAUAUCAAAGCCUUCCUGAAGAAACAGAAAUGUUGACUGCUGAUAUGGAUGCAGAAAGAAAGCAGAUAAAGUCAUUCUUACCUAAACUAUCCUGCGGAAUUAAAAACAGCUCACACGCUCGGAGGAAGCGAGUCGUCGGAGGAAAGCCAGCAGGAGUGGGAGACUUACCAUGGCAGGUGGCAAUUAAGGAUGGCAAAGAAAUCAAAUGUGGUGGAAUUUAUAUUGGUGGCUGUUGGAUUCUGACUGCUGCACACUGUGUCAGAGUCAGUAAAACUCGCCAUUACCAAGUAUGGACAUCAUUAGUAGACUGGAUAAGACCUAACUCUGAGCUAUUGGUUGAAACAGUGAAUAAAGUUAUCAUCCAUGAAAAAUACAAUGGCACCACCUACGAAAAUGACAUAGCUUUGCUUGAAAUGAAAAAAUUCUCAAACCGCAAAGAAUGUGAGCUGCCUAAUUCCAUCCCUGCCUGUGUCCCCUGGUCUCCAUAUCUAUUCCAACCUAAUGAUAAAUGCAUCGUUUCUGGCUGGGGCCGAGAAAAAGAUAACCAAAAAGUCUAUUCACUUAGGUGGGGUGAAGUUAACCUAAUAAGCAACUGCUCUAAGUUUUACCCAAAUCGCUACUUUGAAAAAGAAAUGGAAUGUGCAGGUACAAAAGAUGGUUCCAUUGAUGCCUGUAAAGGGGACUCUGGAGGCCCCUUAGUCUGUAUGGACGUCAACAAUGUGACUUAUGUUUGGGGUAUUGUGAGUUGGGGUGAAAACUGUGGAGAACCAGAAUUCCCAGGUGUUUACACCAAAGUGGCCAAUUAUUUUGACUGGAUUAGCUAUCAUGUGGGAAGGGCUCUUAUUUCUCAGCACAAUAUAUAACAUUGUGAUCUCCCUUUUCUUUCUACUCUUUUUCUUUCAGCAGUUCCAUUUUAAUUGAAAUGAAACUAUAAUUAAUACUUGUCUAGGGAAAAAACAAACAAAUCUUAUUGGCUAUCUUUAGAGGUCGCUAAAAAGUUUAUGCCAUAUUGGAAUUUUGCUGUAGAAUUCUCAAAUAAAUAUUUUGGUUAAGCAGUCAAGUUUAAUUUAUAGAAAAUUUGGCGAAAUUAUCUCUUCAUGCCAGAGUAAUGUAUUGACUAUAAUAAGGGGUUAGGUACUUGAAUGACUUUGGAUUCACAUAAGCCUGGGUUCAAACCUCAGCUCUACCACCUACUAAGUUUGACCCUGCAAUUUAUUAUCUUCUUUGUGUGUCAGUUUCCACCUAUAAAAUGGGAAAUGGAACAGCAUGAAAAUGAAACUAUAUACUUAUGUAAAACAUUUGGCAUAGUACCAGUCACAGGGUAAUAACUGACCUCACAGAUUUUGUUCCAUUUCUUUGCUUCUUUAUGUAUUAAAAUUUCUCAAAAGAUUUGUCUUUGCUCAGACAAAUCUUGGGUGGAAUUAGUGCACAUGCACGCCAAUGUAUCUUUUUAGUUUUGUUUCUAUUCUUAUGUGUUCUUCAGUUGUGUGGAGCAGUGGCCUCAAACUGCUGGCUGGCAAAGAGCUUGCCUGUAAAAAAAAGAGAGCAUGUUUACUUUGCUGGCAGCUGCUCAGUUUUUCUUUGGACUUUGGUGG